AUGGAGACAGAUAACCUCCCUCUCUCCCCUCCACCAGAGCCCAAAUCAUCGAACUCAGACACGAAUCAAACCGUUAGCCUGGACUCGCCUCUUCGAACCACCCCCAUCCAUAAGCUACUACCUGAUGUCCGGGUCCCUUCUGAUCCCUUACCAAGUCACCGAUACCACCCCGUUACAUGUGCACCACUUGAUGUAGUUGAAUUCCAGGCUGAGUUACAACAGCUAAGAAAGCAAUAUACGACCUCCAUUGCGGCGCGUAAGGCGCAGGAAGAGGCGGCCAAGGAGGUGAAGAAACGGAUCGAAGAAUCGAAGGAGAAAACAGAGCAAAUCCAAAAGACCAUGCAGAGAAAAACUGAGGAGCGUGAGAUGGAGAGGAAAGUAUUCUUGAAGAUAAAGAAGGAAAAAGAGGAGAAGAUGCAGGGUGCAUGA